AUGAUUUUAAGGAACAAUUUUUAUAAAACGUUAAGAGACUUAGAAACGAGAAUUAAGGAAUUAGAGCAAAGUUACGACGGGUUACGUUCACAAUUCAAAUAUUUAGAAGAAAAGGUUGGAGAGCGGGAAGAAGAAACCAAGGCCAAUAUUAAUAAUUUCGAAGAAAAGAACAGAGAACGAGAAGAAGAUACCGAAACCAAUAUUAAUCAUGCAGAAGAAAAGAAUAGUGAAGAAGCCAAAGCAAAGCAAGAAAUUAUUAAUAAUUUCGAAGAAAAGAUUAGAGAACAUGAUCAUCAGAAUUCGGGAAACUCCGAUAAAAUAAUGUCAACCAAAAGAAAGAGGGUUAAUAUUACUGCUGCACAAAAACGUGAACUUUGUGAGAAAAAAGAAAAAGAUCCGAACAUUUCUAAUACUAAGCUUGCACAACAAUAUGAUAUUGGGAAGUCAACGGUUACAGAUAUAUUAAAUGAAAAGGAGCGUUGGCUUGCAGUUUUUGAGGGACAAGGAAGUGUUAAGAAGUUUUGUGAUCCAAAGUGGCCUCAACUUAAAGAUGCACUUGGUCUUUGGGUUGACAACGCAUUUAACACGAAACAAGAUAUCAAUGGUAAUAUAUUGAAAAUGAAAAUGAAGGCAAAUUAUUUUGCCAGACAAUUAUCUAUAGAAGACUUUAAUUCUUCAGAACAAGGUGAGGCUGGAAGUGUACCAUCGGCUGAGUCUAUAGAAAGAGACCGUCUUAUUCUACAACAGCUUCUUGCAUCUUACAAUCCUGACGAUAUCUAG